UAAUUUAUUUUUAAAGUUAUUUUGUUUUAAUUUUAUCUAAACUUAGCUAAAGAAAAGAAUGACAUCGAUCAUAAAAAUGACGGCAUUCUCCGGUGCUGACGAUGAUGGGCCACCCUGCUACAUGCUCCAAGUUGACGAGUUCAAAUUUCUUCUCGACUGCGGAUGGGACGCCAGUUUCAAAAUGGCACCCAUUGAAAAUCUCAAAAGGCAUAUACCACAAAUCGAUGCAGUCCUAAUAUCUCAUCCAGACACUCUGCACCUUGGGGCUUUGCCAUAUUUAGUGGGUAAACUUGGCCUGAAGUGUCCCAUGUAUUCGACGGUGCCUGUUAAUAAGAUGGGGCAGUUGUUCAUGUAUGAUCUUUAUUUGUCGCACGACAUCAACGAAGAUUUCGACUUGUUCUCAUUGGACGACAUAGAUGUAGCAUUCGAGAGAAUCACCCAACUGAAAUAUAACCAGUCCUGCUAUCUCAAAAGUUCAUCUGGUUCCGGCCUACAGAUCACGCCCCUCCCAGCAGGGUACAUGAUCGGUGGAACGAUAUGGAAGAUAGUGAAAGAUGGAGAGGAGGCCAUCGUCUACGGGGUCGAUUACAAUCAUAAAAAAGAAAGGCAUUUGAAUGGCUGUUCAUUUGAGCACGCGGUUAGACCACAUCUGUUCAUCACCGAUACGUACAAUGCUUACUACUCACAGACUAAAAGAGUGACCAGGGACGAAGAGUUGUACAAUACAUUGAUAAAGACUCUUCGAAACGAUGGAAAUGUUCUUGUGUGCAUCGAUACAGCUGGUAGAGUUUUGGAGGUCUCUCACUUACUUGAUCAACUAUGGAAGAACCAGGAUUCAGGUCUAACGGCCUACAGUCUAGUGAUGCUUAACAGAGUGGCAUACAAUGUCAUCGACUUUGCAAAAUCCCAAGUGGAAUGGAUGAGUGAGAAGAUAAUGAAGGCGUUCGAAUCUCAGAGGACCAACCCGUUCCAGUUCAAAUUCCUACAAAUAUGCCACACCCUACAAGAGCUUGCCAAGAUCCCAGAGCCUAAAGUCGUCCUAGCCAGCCCUUGUGACCUUGAGUACGGAUUUACCAGGGACUUGUUCGUCCAGUGGUGUGGGAACCCGAACAAUUGUAUCAUACUUACUAAUCGGUCGACACCAGGAAGUUUGGCUAGGACUUUGUACGAGAAUCCUAACCCAAAGACUAUAUCUCUUGAGAUUAAACGAAAAGUGAAGCUAGAAGGAAGGGAGCUGGAUGAAAUGAAGGAGAAUAAAUCACUAAAUGAUGAUGACGAUUACACAUACGACGACGUCAAGUUAGAAGAACUGGAUGCGAGUUAUGAUAGUGAUUCAGGGGAGGAGGAGGAGAGGGUUGAGACUCUCUGGCACAAAAAUAAGUUUGAUCUACACGUAAGACACGAGAAAAUUUUAAACAUACGGCACUUCAAGAAAGCCCAGUAUGUCUACCCGUUCAGGGAGGAGAAGAUGAAGUUUGACGCGUAUGGGACCUUCGUCGAUCCGAAGCUCUUUGCAUUUGCAGACGGCCAAAAUGCGAUGAAUAAUGCGAAAGUAUUGAAGGGUAGGAAGAACACUGAAAUAAAAGGUUGUCUGUACACGGCAGACGUACACAAGUGCAUACGUUCAACCGAGACACUGGAGAUCCAAUCAAAAAUCGUCUUCAUCGACUUCGAAGGCCGGUCCGAUGGCGAGUCUAUUAAAAGCAUCAUCUCGAAAGUUAAACCUAGGCAGCUGAUCUUAGUGAGAGGGAACAAAAAGAACACCACCCGUCUGGUCGAUGAAUGGCAGAGUCACGUGAUGCAGGGGGGGCGUGUCCUAAUCCCGCGGACCAAUGAGGUGUUAGAUGCUACCACGGACAGGCACAUAUAUCAGGUAAAACUAAAAGAUUCAGUGGUCAGUGCGUUAAAGUUUUCACACGUGAAGGAUGUGGAAAUUACAUGGCUGGAUGCACAGCUCGAUAUGACCAAGUAUCAAUCCGAUACCACAACAACAUCGAUAAACAUCAAAAAAGAGAAGCGUCGUGACGACAGUGACAAUCGUGACAUGGACGUUGACGAUGGUAGUAAUGAUCCGAUGGAUGUUGAUGAUGAUGGUCGUGACGUCGACGAUGACGUCAUGCCUGCGUUAGUUCCGCUAGCUCCCAAUUUGGUGGAGAAGCAUUCGGCGAUCUUCAUAAACAUUCCACGUCUGUCUGACUUCAAGCAGUAUGUCAUCAGUCAGGGCGUGCAAGCAGAGAUGAGUGGAGGUGUGCUCAUUUGUAAUAACAAAGUUGCCGUCAAGAAGAACGAGCUAGGAAUGAUUCUUCUGGAAGGAACAGUUUGUGACGACUACUACAAAGUUCGACAGUGCCUCUACGAACAGUUCAUAAUACUAUAAUUAUGAAAAUAAUUACAGUAUUACUAUAAUUAUUAAAUAUAAAAUAAUUUAAAAUAUAUAUUUAUAUAGGCAACCCAUAAUCAAUAUUUAGUUUUUUCAACUGCUGCCAUGUCCCAAUGGAAAUAUAUAUAUAUAUGUGUGUGCGCGCGCGCGCGCGCGUGUGUGUGUGUUUAUCAAACAGAAAAUUUUCUAUUUUAAAUUUGCUUGUAUAUAAUACAUGGAGUGCGGUGUAAAAUUAUAAUGGGCUAUGAAAGACAGAGCAGAAUUACAUCGUAUCAAUAUUAUUUUUUUUUAAUAAUUCAAUUUUAAUUAAUUAGUUUUAAUAAUUUUAAUAUAACAAAUGAUGAUGGUAAUGAAGAUAAUAAUGACAGUGAUGAAAAGUUCGUUCACAAUUUUGUAAGAUUUUUGAAAAAUUAUUUGUGAUAGAAAUAGAAACCUAACCGAUACAAUAAAGGGUUAUAUAUAUAUAUAAAUAUAUAAAUGUGCAUAAACAUAGAUGUGUAUAUGUAUGUAUGUAUGUCUGUGUGUGUUUGUGUGUUAGGAAGAGAGAGAGAGAGAGAGAGAAUGAAAAGGGUAAAAGAUGGCUAAAAUUAAUCAAGUAUAAAACCCAAAAUUAUAGCAAAGAAAAACAUUUUUUAGUUCUUGCCAAAGCCAUUGCGAACACAUAGAGCCUUUGAAAAAAAACCCUUCAACCAACGCUUUAAACUAUAAAUAAUAACAAUAAAAAUACAUAAUAGUAAAGGUUAACAAUAGCAAGGAUAACAAUUUGUAGGAGAAAAUUACGUAAUUCUCAAUAUAAUAUUUGAUUAAAUAUAUACAAACGAUAAUUAAAACCUUAAUUUAAUCCAUUGAUAAUAUUCAAUUGUUUGUAUUUAUUUACAAAAAUAAUAAUAAUAAAAUUAUAUUGCGUAUAUUAUAUUAUUAUCAUCGUGGUAUGAAUGCUAUGGAGCCAUCUUUCUGAUGUAACAACAACAUGCAAACGUUAACAUUAACCAUAUUCAUAAUUUUCAUAUUCAAAUUUUUGUAAAAUAAUAAAAAAUAGCAAUAACGACAAUAAUAAAAAAUGAUAAUUAUAAUAUAAUUACGAUAAUUAUGUCUAAAAUUAUAAUAACUAUAAUAUAAUUAUGAUAAUUAUGUCUAUAAUUUAAAUUAUUAUUUCAUAUCGCCAUCGUUGUCGAUCUGCUUCUUGAUUCGUAGUAGAAUGGCGGUGUACCAUUGGUCCAGG